AUGGACGAGGAAAGAAAUAGGACACCUGCUUCCGUAGACACGCAAGAACCCGAUGAUGAUGAAGAUGAAGAGGAAAGAAACUCCAGCCAACAGAAACGGAAAUACCCUAUAAAGUACAUCGAAAACAGGACCAGGAGACAUGUAACCUUCGCCAAGAGAAGACACGGAAUUAUGAAAAAGGCCUACGAACUGUCAGUCCUAACAGGCGCGAACGUCCUGCUGCUAAUCCUCUCGAACAACGGCCUGGUAUACACUUUUACAACACCAAAAUUGGAGCCUGUGGUCAGGGAAAGGGAAGGGAAAGAGUUGGUAUGGAAGUGUCUAGACGGCAGACCCACGCCAUGA